AGUAUCAGAUCUUCAUUCCUAUGGUGAACAAAGUGAUGUUGAAACACCGCAUCAAUCACCAGCGCUAUGAUGUUCUCAUCUGUCGUAUCGUCAAGGGAUAUACUUUGGCCGAAGAGGAAGAGGACCCUUUAAUAUUUCAGCACAGACAAUUGCGUAGUAGUCAAAGCGACACACUGGUCAGUGGCCCAGUGGAAUCUGGACCUAUGAAGAAGCUGCACGUCAGCACAACUGCUCUUCAGAAGGCAUGGGGUGCAGCCAGAAAGGUGUCCAAAGAUGACUGGCUGGAGUGGUUGAGAAGACUUAGUGUGGUCUUGCUAAAGGAAUCCUCCUCACCAGCCCUGCGCUCCUGCUGGUCUCUAGCACAGACAUAUAUACCACUGGCUAGGGAUCUUUUCAAUGCUGCAUUCUUAUCGUGCUGGUCCGAGCUGAGUGAAGACCAGCAGGAUGAGCUGAUCCGCAGUAUUGAGCUUGCUCUGACAUCUCAGGAUAUUGCUGAGGUCACACAGACACUGCUCAACCUCGCAGAAUUCAUGGAGCACAGCGAUAAGGGCCCACUUCCUUUGAGAGAUGACAAUGGGAUAGUUCUGCUGGGGGAGAGAGCUGCUAAAUGUCGGGCCUACGCCAAAGCCCUGCACUACAAGGAGCUGGAGUUUCAAAAGGGGGCUUCACCACUCAUUUUAGAAUCUCUGAUCAGCAUCAAUAAUAAGCUCCAGCAGCCAGAGGCCGCAUCAGGAGUGCUGGAGUAUGCCAUGAAACACUUUGGAGAAUUGGAGAUCCAGGCCACCUGGUAUGAGAAACUUCAUGAGUGGGAAGAUGCUCUGGUUGCCUACGAUAAAAAAAUCGACAUGAACAAAGAUGAUCCAGAGCUUAUUUUGGGUCGCAUGAGAUGUCUGGAAGCACUAGGCGAAUGGGGUCAGCUUCACCAACAGUGCUGUGAGGAGUGGACUCUGGUCAGUGAAGAAACUCAAGCCAAGAUGGCCCGCAUGGCAGCAGCUGCGGCGUGGGGACUGGGCCACUGGGACAGUAUGGAAGAGUAUACCUGCAUGAUCCCGCGAGACACCCACGAUGGAGCCUUUUACCGGGCAGUGCUUGCUUUACAUCAGGAUCUGUUUUCAUUGGCUCAGCAGUGUAUUGACAAGGCCAGAGAUCUGCUGGAUGCCGAGCUCACCGCCAUGGCUGGAGAGAGUUACAGUAGAGCAUACGGGGCUAUGGUAUCAUGCCAGAUGCUUUCGGAGUUAGAGGAGGUGAUCCAGUAUAAACUGGUUCCCGAGAGAAGGGACAUCAUCAGGGAAACAUGGUGGGAGAGACUGCAGGGUUGUCAACGCAUUGUGGAAGACUGGCAGAGGAUCUUAAUGGUGCGCUCUUUGGUCAUUAACCCACAUGAGGACAUGAGGACGUGGUUGAAGUACGCCAGCCUCUGUGGAAAAAGUGGAAGACUGGCGCUGGCCCAUAAGACUCUGGUUCUCCUGCUGGGUGUGGAUCCCUCCAAACAGCUCGACCACCCCUUGCCCACCGCCCACCCGCAUGUCACCUACGCUUACAUGAAGUACAUGUGGAAGAGCACUCGCAAGAUCGAUGCCUUCCAGCAUAUGCAGCACUUUGUGCAGGGAAUGCAACAGCAAGCACAACAUGCCAUCGCAGCUGAAGACCAGCAGCACAAACUGGAGCUGCACAAACUAAUGGCACGGUGUUUUCUGAAGCUGGGGGAGUGGCAGCUCAGCCUUCAGGGCAUCAAUGAGAGCACCAUCCCUAAAGUCUUGCAGUAUUACAGUCACUCAACGGAGCAUGAUCGCAACUGGUACAAGGCCUGGCAUGCUUGGGCAGUAAUGAACUUUGAGGCCGUGCUUCACUACAAGCAUCAGAACCAGGGCCGCGAUGAGAAGAAGAAACUGCGACACGCAAGCGGCGCCAGCGCCAACAGCGAAGCCAGUAACAGCGACAGCGAAGCCGACAGCACCGAGCACAGUCCCGUACCCUCACCCGGACAGAAGAAAGUCAACGAAGAUUUGUCCAAGACUCUCCUUCUUUACACAGUGCCUGCAGUGCAGGGGUUUUUCAGAUCCAUCUCACUCUCACGUGGAAAUAACUUACAGGACACACUGAGAGUCCUGACCCUAUGGUUUGAUUAUGGUCACUGGCCUGAAGUGAAUGAAGCUCUAGUCGAAGGUAUCAAGACCAUUCAGAUAGACACUUGGUUACAGGUGAUUCCUCAACUGAUCGCUCGGAUUGAUACGCCACGUGCACUGGUGGGACGGCUCAUUCACCAGCUACUCACUGACAUUGGUCGCUACCACCCUCAGGCUUUGAUUUAUCCUCUCACCGUGGCCUCCAAAUCCACAACCACUGCCCGUCACAACGCAGCCAACAAGAUCUUGAAGAACAUGUGUGAGCACUGCAACACGCUGGUCCAGCAAGCUAUUAUGGUGAGCGAGGAGCUUAUCAGGGUCGCUAUUCUCUGGCAUGAAAUGUGGCACGAGGGGCUGGAGGAAGCGUCACGUCUAUAUUUUGGAGAGAGGAACGUCAAGGGAAUGUUUGCCGUUCUGGAGCCCCUCCAUGCCAUGAUGGAGAGAGGACCACAAACCCUAAAAGAAACAUCAUUUAAUCAGGCUUAUGGCCGAGAUCUGAUGGAGGCGCAGGACUGGUGUAGAAAGUACAUGCGAUCGGGUAACGUCAAGGACCUGACGCAGGCCUGGGAUCUGUACUACCAUGUGUUCCGCAGGAUCUCCAAACAGCUGCCACAGCUCACUUCUCUAGAGCUUCAGUACGUCUCACCUAAACUGCUGAUGUGUCGUGAUUUGGAGUUGGCUGUGCCUGGAACAUAUGACCCCAAUCAGUCAAUCAUACGCAUCCAGUCCAUUGCUCCCUCGCUGCAGGUCAUCACCUCCAAACAGCGGCCACGCAAACUCACCAUCAUGGGCAGCAAUGGCCAUGAGUUCAUGUUCCUGCUGAAGGGUCAUGAAGAUUUACGACAGGACGAGAGGGUCAUGCAGCUUUUUGGCUUGGUGAACACUCUACUGGCUAAUGACCCAGCCUCCCUGCGCAAGAACCUGAGUAUUCAGCGCUAUGCUGUGAUCCCGCUUUCCACCAACUCUGGCCUGAUUGGCUGGGUUCCUCACUGUGACACGCUGCACGCACUGAUUCGAGACUACAGAGAGAAGAAGAAGAUCCUGCUCAACAUUGAACAUCGCAUCAUGCUCAGGAUGGCCCCUGACUAUGACCAUUUGACUCUAAUGGAGAAGGUGGAAGUGUUUGAGCAUGCAGUGAACAAUACUGCAGGAGAUGACCUGGCCAAACUGCUUUGGCUGAAGAGUCCCAGUUCAGAGGUCUGGUUUGACAGGAGGACCAACUACACACGCUCGCUAGCUGUUAUGUCCAUGGUUGGCUAUAUCUUAGGACUUGGAGACAGGCAUCCUUCUAAUCUGAUGUUGGACAGGCUCAGUGGAAAGAUACUGCAUAUCGAUUUUGGAGACUGUUUUGAGGUUGCAAUGACCAGAGAAAAAUUCCCAGAGAAAAUUCCUUUUAGAUUAACCCGCAUGUUAACCAAUGCCAUGGAGGUGACGGGACUGGAUGGUAACUACCGUAUCACAUGCCACACAGUGAUGGAGGUACUCCGGGAACACAGGGACAGUGUCAUGGCUGUGCUGGAGGCCUUUGUCUAUGACCCGUUACUCAACUGGAGGCUUAUGGACACAAACACUAAAGGAAAUAAGCGAUCCCGGACCAGAACUGACUCCUAUACGGCAGGACAGUCUGUCGAAGCCAUGGAGGGUAUUGACCUGGGAGAAACAACGCACAAAAAGCCUGGAACUACAGUGCCUGAGUCCAUUCACUCUUUCAUUGGAGACGGCCUUGUGCAACCUGAAGCCUUGAACAAGAAAGCCAUUCAGAUCAUCAACCGAGUGCGGGACAAGUUAACUGGUCGAGAUUUUUCCCAUGAUGAGACUCUGGACGUACCAACACAAGUGGAGCUGCUCAUUAAGCAAGCUACGUCACAUGAAAACCUGUGCCAAUGCUACAUUGGAUGGUGCCCUUUUUGGUAGAGCUUCUUAUUGUUCCUGCUGUCUUUUUCUAUAUUUCACUGGUAACAUCUCCUCGGACGGCGCUGCAGGCAGAGUGGGAAUUGGCAUCACAUUGGAAAAUAUGAGCAUUUCUUUACUGGUACAUUUUUGAGAAUUGUUGUCAAUCACUAUGGAUCUGUAAGUGAAAGAAUCAUGAGAAUGUCCUCUUCAAUGAGGCUGUUGUUGUAUGUCUAUUACAUUGACAGUGUUGUGAUAUUAGAAAUGAUCUGUCGCAGAUGUGAAUCUCGCUCUGUUACUGGUCAUUUCAUAGACUGAAAAGAACUCUGUCAUGAAAUAUUGUGGUCAAAUUAAAAAUAAGAAAUAAAUGAAGAAAUAAAUUCAAGUAGUUGUUUCAUGUAAAAAAUAAACAUGAUCUUAUAUUUAUGACCAAUAAAUGUUCUUUAUAAUGGAAACGUUGAUGGAGAUUUACAUGAUGACAAUAAUGCCAAUACAUUGCUCAGUAUAUGUUUUUACUGUAGCAGUGAUUACAUUUGUGCAGCAAAUUUGCUAAUAUCAGAAAUGUAUUUUAAUUUCUCUUCUACAGUUACUUUAAAGAUCAUUCAUAAUCAGCAUUUGACAUGAAAUGCAAAUCUUUUUCUUGGGAAGGACUAACUUUCAGAAAGUCCACUUAUAAAUGUCCAAACUCGUAACAUUAAACCUCACUGUAUUAAUUACCAGGAGAUUGUGUAAUAAAUAUGCCACAGUUCCAUCAAUAGUUAUGAGACACACAAAUCAUUAAUGUAUUAUAGGUGUAAGAAAGAAAUCAC